AUGUGUCCUGACGAUAUUCAGCACUCUCCGUUUACUGAUGAUCCAUAUCUUAACCUCCCGGUGAUUGGCAUUGGCAUGACUGGGAUUGUUUACGAGAUAGGGGAAAGCCGCGUUGUUAAAAAAGCCAAGCAAUCUCAACUCCGAGACGCCGGAGACGCAGAGUACAUGACCGAAAUGAACCAAAAGAUUUUGGAGAAUGAAAUCCAGGUCUUUAAACGCCUGGGCACCCGGGAGGGGAUUAUCCCUCACUUUAAUAUAUCUCGGUAUGGGAUCGAGCUAGCCCGUGCACAAGCAGAUCUUGAAACAUAUCUAGAAACCCAUCCAGAGCGCGAAGACAUGUUGAAGGUUGAGUGGAUGUUAAGUCUUAUUAGGACUUUCUCAUAUAUCCACUCUUGCAAGGUAUUUGUGGAUGAUAUUGCUCUUCGCAAUGUUUUGAUUAUAGACGACCAGCUCAAGCUCGCAGACUUUGGCCAGUCUAUCUUGUUACCACUCGAUUGCGAUAUCGCUUUUGCAAACGAAAAUGAUCUGAAUGUUCAAAUUGAGAUACUACACCUUGGCUGGAUUCUCUACUCUAUUGCUUCGUGGCAGGUCCACAAGUACUAUUUUUUUGAUGAGAACCCUGAUCUUUGCUGGCCUACUUCAUUCCCAAAUACUGAUGGUGUUCUCUUUGGAAUGAUCAUCAAAAAGUGUUGGCUUGGUGAAUACGCGAGCAUGGAUCAUGUAAGGACUGAAGCACUCAAUUGCUUGCCAGGCAAGGGCUGUGAAUCUUGA